AUGGAAACUGAUUGCCAUCUCCAUUCCAUAACUUGUCACAAAUGCCAGAUUUAUGCUGACAAAGUACAUGUUCCUCUGGUUCCUCUGAAUGUCUUGACUACUCCUUGGCCAUUUGCAAUGUGGGGCAUUGAUAUGAUUGGAGAAAUUAAGCCUAUUGCUUCUAACAGACAUCCUUUCAUCCUUCAUAACCUUAUCUGUCGGUAUGGCAUCACUGAAAGGAUUAUUGUGAUUGGUGGAUCUGGAACUGACUGUUUAACGCUGGUUUCGCGAAAUGUCGCGGAAGCAAGAGUCGCCACCGUCUUUUAUUUUCUCCAACACGGACAGGACAAAAGCACAACAAAAUUCCUUAUGAGAUUAUCUCUCGGUUCGGGAGGUAGAUUUAUAGAAAGGGAACGUGUUAGCACCCUUUCUAUCCAUGGUUAUCCAUGGGCUCUUAGAUACUUGCUCAUUUGUGUUUUCAAAACUGUUUGUUUGUUUUUCAAUUGUCUGUCGAAAUGCCCAUCGAAAUAUGGCAAGGUACUUAAAAGAUUUCUUCUAAGGGAGAAGUUGGUUGCCUUCGACGUCGAAGGAGUUUUCUCGUCGAAGAUGUUUCUCGACGAAGAUGUUCGAUGGUUCAGAGUGGAGCAGUUUGAAAUUCAAGCGUUUGGAGGGAAAACGGUUUCCAGCGGUUACCAAGUGCAACGUGCAAAGAUCUGGGGCGUCGAACAUUGA